AUGGCCCUCGUCCGCGAUCCAUACUUCUGGAAACGCUUCUCCACAGCAGUCCACCUGGACGAAGAAGCCAAGAGCACAAGUACGCUCGACCUGGAAUCAAUGCAGAAAAGACAAUCCGACAACUGGCUUGAACGGGAACGCCAAAAAAGCAAGCGGUCGCUCAUCUGGGGCUUCGUCAUUUUCAUCUUCAUCAUCCUCCUUGUCGUCGGCGGCGUCAUUAUCUGGUGGCUAGCCAAGCACAACUGGCUGCAGACUCCUGAACCGUGA